AUGGCGCAACUCGAGGAUCUUGUCAGUCGCUUUAAAGCAGACAGGCAGAGUUCCGAGCAGAGGUUAGCACAGCUCAAUGCUGAAUGUGAGCACCUUCGUCAAGCUCAUAGUGAGGUAAAGACGAUGGUAGACCGCUCUCGGUAUGAUCUGGAGCAGGUGCGCGCGCAAUUGCAUGCGACUACGCAAGAAAAAGCGUCGUUAGAAGCGAAAAUUGACCAGUUGCGCGGUUCCAACGAAGAAAUAGCACAUUUGCGUGAGCAGCUGGAUGAGCACAAGCACAUGCACCGGAGACUGGAGGAGACGAACCGGGACUUGAAUGACUUGUUGCAGAAAUCCAAGGCAUACUGCGACGAGCUGUCCCGUGACAGCGAGGACAAGAUCAGCCGUGUACGGGAGUUCACCCGCCACGUGGAGCAGGAAGCGCGUGACGAGAUUGACCGUAUCGCGCACGAAAAUGAAUUGCUUCGAGACGAGUUGGCGCACUUGGCCCGGACGCGCUUUGAGGAGACCAACGCGCUCGAUGAGUUCCGCGUGAAGCUUGCUGAGCUGCAGGCCGAAAACAAUGUGCUGUCGGCGCGUGCUUGUCGUCUAACGCAGCAGUUGUCGCAGUACACGGAUCUUCCAGAAGAUGACGAGUUGGCAGCGGGAGAACAAGGCCCAGCGCCAGAUCUGUGGAAGCUGCUUUCCUCGGGUAUGGAGCAGCUGAAGGCUGACCUGGAGCUUGCCAGUAAAUACGCAGCUAGUAUCGACGCUGGAAGUGUCGAUGGUGGUAUGGGGGACGAAUCCUUCACGAAUGCAAGCUAG